GGAGGGCCGGCCCGCGCCGCCACGUGUUCCGACGCAGGAGCCGCCCGCCUGUGGGGCAGAGCGCGGGCAGAGCUUCGGCCUGGCGGCAGCACUCCCAAAGCGGCGGCGGCGGCAGCGGGCAGCAGGCAUGACUAUGGCAGCGGCGGCGGUGGCCCGCGGGGCUGGAGCGAGGGCGGCGGCGGCUCUGCGGGGCGGCUGCGGGACCGCGAGCCGGGGGAGGCCGUGUGCGGGCCGCGCACGGCCCUUGUGCACCGCACCCGGGACCGCCCCGGACAUGAAGGGCUACCUGUGGGAGCGCUACCGGGAGGCGAAGAGAAGCACGGACGAAUUGGUUCCUUCCAUUAUGAGCAACUUGUUGAAUCCAGAUGCCAUUUUCUCAAACAAUGAAAUGAGCCUGUCGGACAUUGAAAUCUAUGGCUUCGAUUAUGAUUACACCUUGGUGUUUUAUUCAAAGCACCUCCACACGCUGAUAUUUAAUGCUGCGCGAGACCUUCUCAUCAAUGAACACCGGUAUCCAGCAGAAAUCAGGAAGUAUGAGUACGACCCAAAUUUUGCAAUCCGUGGACUUCAUUAUGAUGUACAGCGGGCAGUAUUAAUGAAGAUCGAUGCUUUUCAUUACAUCCAGCUGGGAACUGUCUACAGAGGCCUCAGUGUUGUCCCUGAUGAAGAAGUCAUUGAAAUGUACGAGGGGUCCCACGUGCCCUUGGAGCAGAUGAGCGACUUUUACGGAAAGAGCUCUCAUGGAAACACGAUGAAGCAGUUCAUGGACAUCUUCUCCCUGCCCGAGAUGACCCUUCUGUCCUGUGUGAAUGAAUACUUCCUCAAGAACAACAUUGAUUACGAGCCUGUGCAUCUGUACAAAGAUGUCAAGGAUUCAAUUCGAGAUGUCCACAUCAAAGGAAUAAUGUACAGAGCAAUUGAAGCAGACAUUGAAAAGUACAUCUGCUAUGCUGAGCAGACCCGUGCAGUGUUGGCCAAACUGGCUGAUCAUGGCAAGAAGAUGUUUCUCAUCACCAAUAGCCCCAGUAGCUUUGUGGACAAAGGGAUGAGGUAUAUCGUUGGGAAAGACUGGAGGGACCUGUUCGAUGUGGUCAUUGUUCAGGCUGAGAAGCCAAACUUCUUUAAUGAUAAACGGAGGCCUUUCCGAAAGAUGAAUGAGAAAGGUGUCUUACUCUGGGAUAAAAUUCACAAGUUGCAGAAAGGCCAGAUUUACAAGCAGGGUAAUUUAUAUGAGUUUUUGAAGCUUACUGGAUGGAGAGGAUCCAGAGUGUUGUACUUUGGUGACCAUAUAUACAGUGACUUGGCGGAUUUGACCCUAAAGCACGGCUGGAGGACUGGUGCAAUCAUCCCGGAGUUGAGAUCUGAGCUCAGAAUCAUGAACACGGAGCAGUACAUUCAAACCGUGGCCUGGCUGCAGACCUUGACUGGGUUAUUGGAACAGAUGCAGGUUCACAGAGAUGCUGAGUCACAGCUGGUUUUGCAGGAGUGGAAAAAGGAAAGGAAGGAGAUGAGAGAAAUGACCAAAAGCUUCUUCAACGCCCAGUUUGGAAGCCUUUUCCGCACAGACCAAAACCCAACCUACUUCCUGAGGCGCCUUUCACGCUUCGCUGACAUCUACAUGGCGUCUCUGAGCUGCCUUCUGAACUACGACGUCAGCCACACUUUCUACCCCCGGAGGACUCCACUGCAGCACGAACUGCCCGCCUGGUCAGAAAGGCCCCCCACCUUCGGAGCCCCUCUCCUGCAGGAGGCCCAGGCCAAGUAGCUGAGGGCCCCUGGGGUAAAAGCCAGAAACUGACUGCCCCUGAUUGGCAGGCAUGACGGGGUUGAUGUCAUGUGAGUCUGAGUGUUGCUUUUGGAAAAGAUACAGAUAUGCCUUUUGAUAUUUAUUUUGUACCUUAUGGAGAAUAAUUCUCCCAAUGGUUAAGAUGGGAGCUAGCUGCCGACCCCUCUGGCCUUCCCCGCCAUGCAGGGCUGAAAGGCAAGCUUCACAUUGGAACUCUGAUUUCCCCUUUUUGUUUACGGAGGUCCUGAAACUGACGUCAGGUUUUCUGGGAUGGGCGAGACCACUCGAUGCCAUCUCUGUAUUCCAGCAGGUCAAGCUUGAAAUGCUUCUUGACUCCUCCAUGGAACAUUUCUUGAACAUGUAUGGGCAGUUCAUUGGGGGCUGCAGGGGCACAGUGACGGGCAAAGAUGAACUGCUUCCAGAAGGCUGAUUUAGUGGGCUCCACAAUGGCAAAGUGCUGCCAUGAGUUGCAGAGAGGCCCCCCUACCUCCAGUGGUGGCCGGUUCCCAAAUCAUUUGAUAUUAAGGCUUUGCCAUUCUGGCACCUUGCAUCAAAGAGAACACAGCCUCCCUGGAAGGACUUACGUGAGAAAGAACAAGAGAAAUUGCAGCUCCUGGACCUUCUAGUCCUCAGUAUGUGGUUCCUGUGUCCUUCCCAGCAGAGAGAUGGGCAGGAGAGAGGAGAUGAGAGCUCUGGUCAAAAUCGCCUUCUAGCUAGCGGAACAGCCUUCUGGAGAACAAGAUUGCAAGAAAUGAGUGGGUUUGAAGAGCCAAAACGUUUGUGGUAAGUCUCCCAGGAGCAUGUAAAACCUGGACACACCACCAGGAUGGUGUUCAUGGAAAGAAAGAAAAUGAACCAGGAAAAAGCAUCUUUGAAAUGAAGUGCUGUGCCAUGGCACCCACUCAGUUGAAUUGGAAUCUUGUUAAAACAUGGAAUUUACCAGAAACAGUCCUUGUCUAGAUGGAAACAAACGAGAUCCCUGCUUCUCUGUGAGUUAUCAACUGAGAGGUGCUUGGAUUUGCCAGGGGAGAAGGAAGGUGGCCAUUGUGACUUAACCAUCUCCAGCCUUCUCCUCUUUGAUUUCUCUCCUGCGGUGUUUGUGUGGCUAUUUGGGAGUUUGUGCAGGGUUUGUUUGUUUUUGGUCUUUUAGAUGUCUAAGGUGGGAAAGGGCGAAGGACAUUGAAGCCAGGAAAUAGAUAUGACCUAGCUAACCGAGCUUUUCUUACUUCUUUCUAAGGGUAGUGCAAAUGGCAUAUAUUCCUUUUGUUGAAGGGAGGAAUCCUUAAUUGCAUCUGCAUUUGUAGUAUCCUUCAACAUAAAGUGCAUAUUUACUGCACUCUGAGUGCUAUGGGAAUGUCUGCUGUUAUUAGUUAUGAUGCUGCUAAUACUAUUUUAAUUGCAUAGGCUGUAUAAAUACUUCUGUUCAGAUUAGCCUGAUCUAGUAUUGCUAAUACUCAUUUGAAGCUUUUGCGGCAAUGUGCAUAUAUUCCUAAAUCUAAAGGAUGGCAGGAAUGUGAGGGGAGCUUGUGGAGAGUGCUUGCUUAUUCAACAUUUUUAUUGUGAUAAAUGUUUGUAACCAUCUAUCGAUGAAAUGCGAGCCUGGCAUUCCAUGGGCUCCUUGCCAGAUGGCAGAAACUUAACGAGUUACAUAGCAUCCUUCGUAAUGCUGCUUGUCACAGGUGGGAUGUACUUGUGACAUUUUGCUGUAUUUAACUAUAAUGGUGAAGGUGACCCUUUAAAUCCAAUAAGGUUUCCCGCAUCUUUUCUUCUAUAUUUUAUUAUAAACACAGGCACAGUAGUAUGUUCUGUUUUUGGAACAGGGUAGGCAUUUUGUUAAUUGUUUGCUUGCUUCUACGUGUUUUCACCAUCUGGGUGUACUGAAGGCUGACAUUUAAUGGGUGUGUGUUGUGCCCAGAACUGCUGGGUGUUGGGGUUCUAAAAGAAUGCGCGGUGCUCUUGGAUUCAAGUUUCUGCUUUGGAGAAGCAGAUCGAGGAAGUAGGUGUGGCUUAAAAAUAAUUCUUGGUUUUUAUCUAAUCAGAUAUCAUUGGUUACCUACGAGGUGCCAGUUAUAGGGUGUUUUGUUUACUCAAGAAUGAAGUAGAACUAUUUUUAAAACCUCUUUUCAUGAGUGUUUAGGUUAGGUGACCUAGGCUUUGAAGGAGAAAAACAUUUUCUGGGUAUGAAUAAUAAGUUUUAUAAUAAUUCCCAUUUAGAAGAAUUUUAGUCUCUCUGCCAUUGAGCUUGGCAAUGUUGAGAUCUCCCAUGUGGCCCGGGCACGGUGGCUCAAACCUAUAUCCCAGCGCUUCGGGAGGCUGAGGGGGUGGAUCAUGAGGUCAGGAGUUCAAGACCAGCCGGGCCAAGCUGGUGAAACCUCAUCUCUACUAAAAAUACAAAAAUUAGCCGGAUAUGGUGGUAGGCACCGUAAUCCCAGGAGGCUGAGGCAGAGAAUUGAUUGAAUCUGGGAGGUCACGGUUGCAGUGAGCCAAGAUUGUGCCACUGCACUCCAACCUACGUGAAAGAGUGAGACUGUCUCAAAAAAAAAAAACGAUAUCCUGUGUGACAGAAGCUGGGCAUCUGGGCCACCAAGCCUUGCUGACUGUGUACCUUUGCAGACUGUAGACCAUGUCGGGGUAGUAACAGGGCUGAGCACAGUCCAUCCCCAUGUGAAGGACGGAGGCACAUCCCACUUUAUUAUUAAUCCUUAUCUAUGCUCAGUUGGGACAGAUUUUAACUUGUCACUGUCAUGAUUUUUUUUUUUUUUUUGGAGACAAAGUCUCGCUCUGUUGCUCACGCUGGAGCACAGUGGUGCAGUCUUGGCUCACUGCAACUUCUGCCUCCCAGGUUCAAGCAAUUAUUGUGUUUCAGUCUUCCAAGUAGCUGGGACUACUGGUGUAUGCCACCACACCCUGCUAAUUUUUGUAGUUUUAGUAGAGAGGGGGUUUCACUAUGUUGGCCAGACUGGUCUUGAAUUGCGCCUGGCCUUGUCAUGACUUUUUUUUUUUUUUGAGAUGGAGUUUUGCUCAUGUUGCCCAGGCUGGAGUGCAGCAAUGCGAUCUUGGCUCUCUGCAACCUCUGCCUCCCGGGUUCAAGCGAUUCUCCUGCCUCGCCCUCCCAAGUAGCUGGAAUUACAGGUGCCCGCUACCACGCCCAGCUAAUUUUUUAUAUUUUUAGUGGAGACAGGGUUUCCCCAUGUUGGCCAGGCUGGUCUUGAACUUCUGACCUCAGGUGAUCCACCUUCCUCGGCCUCCCAAGGUGCUGGGAUUGCAGGCGUGAGCCACCAUGCCCAGCCUGUCAUGACUCUUAACUGGGAUCUGGCACACUGCACUGGACAUUUUGUUCUCCAGUGUGCACAUUGAUGAAAGCAUAUUGGUACAAGGGAAAUGAAUCUCUUUUCAACCAUUUAAAAAAUCAUUUUGUAAAGCAAACAAAAUUGGUUUGAAUACUUAAAAAUUACUUUUUAACAUUGCCUCGACUUAUUUUCUAAGAAUUAUGUGAAUAGUAAUGAGUCCAGGGCAGUCCACGUCAGCCAUCACAAAUAUGACUGUCCAGCAAGGCCCAUGGAGGUCCCUUUGGAAGGGACUUGCACAGCCAGUUUUUCUUUUUCAGUGUUCUUUUUAUGGGUGAAACCUGGCUUUUGAAAUACUUUAGUCGUUUGCCUUAGAUCUCCCACGUUCCCCCUAACAUGGCACAUCUCUUUUUUUUUUAAAUAAACAUUUUACCCUUCAGCAGUAUUUUCUGCUAUUCCCAUUAAUAGCAUGUAAUACAAACCACCUGCUACUGAUUUGGGUGUAUCACAGACUAAAUUAUUAGCUGCUUUGACUGUACUGGCGCUCUUAAUUAUUACAAAGGAGAACUGAAAAGGAGUCUUGUGUCCUAGUUAAUUUAGGACACACAUUUAGCUUUGGGCAAACUAAGUAGCUUUUUCUUCUGUCCUCUUCUCAAAAGGCUUUUUAAGCAGCAGAGACUGCUUAAUAUUGGAACAGAAUUCCUUUUCUUCAUGCUCAUUUGCUGCCAAAGACCACUUGCAGCUCCUUGUCUAGAAUGCUCUAAGACCAAAUUUGGCCAGACACGGGGUUCCUUGAUUGCUCUAUUCAACUACUAGAGAACCUGUAUUACUAGAGAACCUGUAUUUUGCCUUCUUAAUAGCGACUUCCUUUUGUGCCAGGGUUUUCUUUUGCUUAGUGUUUGGGAGCUUAGCUCAAAGUUCAGCUCACCUUUGACACUACUAGUGGGUUAAAGAAAGGGACGGGAAUGAAGUACCCUUAAUGCAGGGUCAGCAAACUUUUCCUGUAAAGGGCCAGAUAGAAAGUAUUUUUGGCAUUUCAGGCUGUUCAGUGUUGCUACUACUACUCGAGGAGUGACCGUGGUCAUGGCUGUGUAACUUGAUUUACCAAAACAAGCUCUGGGCUGGACUUGGCUGGCUAGCCCCCGCUCUAAUGUAUUGUGUUGGUAGCAGUGGCAUGAUUCCCUUGCUGAGAUGGUGCAGAUGGAUGACCUCGUAGCUGGGAUGCAGAGAGCAGGAAGUUCUGUAGGUAAUAAGUGCACUCUAUUCUCUUAUGAGCUACUUCCUGGGCAUCGUUACAUGUACGGCCAGUGUGUGUACUUGAGCUAUCAGGCUCGGCACUUGUUGAAUAUACCUCUCAUUGCUUUAGUUUGUAAUUGUGCUAGUGUUGGGUGCUGAGCUCAACUGCCCAGAUGACCUUUCCAGACUGAAGGACUUAAUCCCCUAACUGCUGGGAGCGCUGCUGGCUGGCCAUUUACUUCCAGCCCUCAUGGGAGUUUCCCCUGUUGAAGAGCCCUACCUGCCCCAGAUCACAUCCCCUUCCUGCCUGUAACCCUUACCGGCUCCAUAUGGGGUACAAAGGGCUGGCUUCCCCACCCAACUUGGGAAAGAAACCCUGUAGGGCAAUCCCAGGUCCAGAGCCCCUUAUGGGGUCAAUGAGGCCUCAUUGUGGCUGCAUUGCAGCCCAGUGCCUCCCCGUGCCCAGCCUGUUCCCAGCCCAGGUCAGCCCACAGCCCUCUCCUGUGAACCUUCCUGCAUGCCGGUCUCUGCCUUGGUGUCUGCUUUUGGGGAACCCGACCUGCGACAGUGCUUCUGUGCAUUUUUGGUCCUGCAGGUUUGAACUCUGACUUUGGAGACUCUUCCAGUUACCUAGUGGAAUGACAGAUUGUGCCUGUAUGAUAUCAGGCACAGUGAAUGCAAAUUAGGUAGACUUGCUAUUUAUUCUAGAUGUGAAUUUGCUAUUUAUUCUAAUGUUGAUUUUAUGUGUAUGUGACUCUGAACUUAUUGCCAAAUAAAAGUUUGAAUUGUA